AUGGUCGACCAUUUGGAAUUUGACCUGCAGGACCUGAUGGAAAAGCAGAAGAGGUGCUGGGAGCUGAGAAUGAUCCAGAAAGAGAAGAGACAAGGGGAGCUGCAGAGAAAGAUGGAGGAGGAGGAGAGAAAAGAACGUAAGAGGCUGCGAGAGGAAAACAGAGAAAAACAGCAAAUACCGGAAGAUAUGGGACUGCCAGGGUGGGUACAGACUUGGAAACUGACUGAGGAAGAAAUUAAAGACUUGCAGAGGCUCCAUCAGAGGCUCCAGGAAACUCUUCAUCAUCACGACCAACUCUUCAUCUUAAAACAGCGAGAGGAGAGGUGGACCACAGAGAGUGAGGAAACGAGUGAGGAUGACAAUGGCCUGCAGCAGAAACGGAUGGAGAAGGAAAGAUGGACCCACCUGAAACCAAAAGAGUUGGUGAAAGUGAGGGGCAGUGAGACUCUCGGCACGCUACAAGGGAGUGUCAACACAUUAAGUCUGCAGAAUUGGAGAUUGACCCAGGAGGAGAUUGAGGAGUUGCUGAGACUCAAAAAACUGGAGCCAAUUUUUCAGCAAGACCAGGAGACCACGCCCAUGAACAAUGUACUAAAUGUCAUGAAAUAUUUUCUAUUUCAGUUGAGUUUGGAGAAAACCGAAUGGCAGGUCUUGGCAGAGGCUGACCAAAUUGCUCAACAGGAGAAACUGAGAGAGAUUCAGAGACAGCGAGACACUGAAAUAUAUAUAGAAAGAAUGAGAGAGAUGGAGAGAGUCUCGGACAUUGAGAGACACCAGGUGAGAAUGAGGGAGUGGGAGAGAAUGAGAGACAUAGAGAGGAAAAGAGAGAGAGAGCUGGUGGAAGAAUUGACCAGGAAAGAGAUGAAACAAGAGGAAAAUGCGAUGAAAGACAUGAAAGAAAGGCUGUAUGACAGACAGAGAACACUGGAGAAACAACUAGAGGAACAAAUAAGAAAAAUGGACAGAGAGAACGAGACAAGAGACAAGGAGAUGCGGCUUAAAGUCAUGGAGGAAAAGUGUGCUAGGGCGAGAGAAAUGGAGCAAAAGAGACAAAAGGAAAGAGUAAGAGAGUCUGAAAGUAAAUGCCAACAGGAGGGGGAGGCAAAGAUACUGGAGAUGGAACGUAAACUAGAGAAAACGAGAGUGAUGACUCAGAGAAGGGAAGAGGGAUUGUUGGGACAGAUUGAACAUGAGCAGGAAACUAAAAUGGAGGCACCAAGACACAUAGAAACAACAAUGAGAAAAGAAAGACUGAGGCACCUGGAUAUUCAGAGAGAGCCUGAGCAAGUGAAGGAGGAAUGUCAAGACAUGGGAUCAGAGAUACGAAGAGAGAGAGACAGAGAGAGCACUCUGAGGGAACACGUAGAGAUAUCAGAGCGAAGGCUGGACACUGAGCGAAGAGAACUGGACAGACAGCAAGAAAUAAAGAAGCAGCUUAAAAAAAUGGAGCAAAAAUUUGAGAUGGAGCGGAAGAGACAUGACGAAAGAUGGAGGGAAACUGAGGACAAGACGAGAGAGCUGGAGAGAAUGCUAGAAACAGAAAGACAGGCGGCUCAGCGACGAGACCAGGAGUUUUUGAAGCUGAGAGAAGAGCUGGAAAAAGCAAAACAGGAAAAACAGAUGAAAAUGGAAAGACCAAGAAAAACAGAUGAAGAUGAAAGAUUGACAGAGGUGACUAAACAGGACACAAAAGAGGUAAAGAACCUCUGGAAUGAGGGAAUGAACUGUGCGGAAGAAAUUAAGCUAAAAGUGGUGAAAGGGAAGAGAGAAGGUUUACAAGAGGGACAGCAAAUUAUGGAUGAAGAACUAUUCAUCAAGAAGGAAAGAAUGAGUGCAAGGAAAAACAAGAUGGAAGGGGAGGGAGAAAGAGAAAUGGAAGGGCAGCAGAUGGAGAGAUGUGGACAACUGGAUGAAGAAAUCAAUAGAAAUUUUGAAAAAGAGAGAGAGAUGGAGCAAAAGAAAAGUGAAGAAAGGUGCAGUGAGCUUAGAAAAAGUCGUCAGAAGAAGCGCAAGGAAAAGGCCCAAGAACUGGAAAAGCAGAAGGCCCAAGAACUGGAAAAGCAGAGAAAGCAAGAGGAAGAAGAUGCAGUACAGGAAGACAAGAAAAAGUGUAAGAAAAAGACACUGUGCGUCAAAGGAGACACAGAGACACAAAAACUGAAUGAGGCCAAGACAAAUACUGCUACACAAGAAAAUGGCUGGAAAGACAAAUCGGAUGAAGACAAGGAUGGAAAGUGGACAAAGGAGCCAAUGGGGGGACAGACUCACCUGAGAAAUAUGGAUAUACAGGAAGAGAAUGAAAGGCAGAAAGAGCAAGAGAAGAAGUCGGCAGAUAUAUUAAAGGAGAACGAACAGAGAGAAAAAGCCUACCAGGAAGGGCAGAGACAACAAGAGCAACAGAGAGAGGCACAAGAGAAAGAAAGGCAAAAAGAGCUUGAAAGACAAAGGGAGACUGAGAAAGAGAAGGAGAUUGACAAGCAGAGAGAGAUACAAAAACAGACUCAUGUGGAAAAACAGGACCAGGAGCAACCAAAGAUGGAAGCAAAGGCUCAAAUCCAGACCAAUGAUAAACCUAUGGAGGUUACUGGGCAGAGAUCGGAAUGCCAAAACAUAACAAACAAACAAGCAAUCAAUUAUCCUGCAAAGGUUAAAGGUCGCAGAAUGCUGUGCCAGCCUAUGGUUCAGGCUACUGGAAAUCAAAAGCCAAAACCCCGCCGUGUGAAGUCACACAUACAGACCAAGACCAAACAAACACCUGACCCAGCGGAGACUCUGCCCGUUACUGAGCUAACAUCCACUGCCACUGAUUACCCACAAGCCACCUGUCAGGCAGUAGAGCAGAGUGACUCUGAUGAGCAACUGAGAAGAGACAACACGGCCAUCAUGCCAUCUGAGAAGGAGGAUGAACCCCAGGUGAACACAGCAGGGCAAGUAGCCCAGAGCAGCAGGAAUCCCUCUCAGGCCCAGAGUCUCGCAUCAGAUGGGAGCGAUGGGGAGGAGAUGAAUGGAGGAGAAGAACAGGCUGAAAACACUUCACUGCGCUCUGCUGAUGAGAUGGCACAGGAGGAGAUUCCAGCUGACGCAGAGAGCAUUGAGACAGGGCAGAGCGGUUGGGUACAGAAGGAGAGGAGUGUGAGGAGGAAAGUCUUUGGAUGGGUUAAUGAAAAAGCAAAAAACUACUAUCAGAAAAAAAUUGACAGGACACAUGUGAGAGAAGAGGAGGAGGGACACAUCUUUUACCUGCCAUGUAAGAUAUCUGACAUGUUCAUGUCGUUUCACUCAUGGUAUGCUGAAUGGUCAAUUUCUCGAGCAGAAAGGGAGCAGGAAAAAAGGAAGAAGUUACUAAAAGCAGAGGGAAAACGUCAAAAAAUGGAAAACACCUGGAAAGAGUGGGAGGCUAAAAAGAAGGAGAAAAAGGAGAAAAAGUGGAAUCAAGAGGUAGAAGAAUACUCUGACCUUGAUAUCCAGGCUGUCCUGGCAUUCUGGCGGAGGAAGGAGCGCCCUGCUACAGCUGAACGCCACCGGCUAUCCCCUUCUGCCCUAUCGUUGCUACGCCAGUGGGAUCGCCUGGUAGACAAGGAUGGGGUCUUGUACCGUCAGACAUUCCGUCCUGAUGGUGGAGAGGAGGUCCUCCAGUUAAUUCUACCGACGCAGUUGAAAUCAACGGUCCUGACACAGUUGCAUCAAGACCAUGGUCAUCAGGGCGUGGAGAGGACCAGUCAGCUGGUGAGGCAGCGGUGCUAUUGGCCCGGGAUGUUUUCAGAAAUCAAACGCUGGUGCCAGGAGUAUUUCACCUUAUUGGAGCCAGCCAGUAAUGGGGUUGAAAACGUAAUGGUGAUGACCGAUGUCUUUAGUAAAUACACUCUGGCCAUUCCCACCAGGGACCAGCGUGCUUCAACCGUAGCCCAAGUACUGGUAGCAGAGUGGUUCUACAAGUUUGGUGUUCCUGGCCGUAUCCACUCUGACCAGGAACGUAACUUUGAGAGCAUUCUAAUCCAACAACUUUGCUCAAUAUAUGGUGUUACAAAGUCACGAACCACCCCUUACCAUCCGGCCGGCAACGGUCAAUGUGAGCGUUUUAACAGGACCCUGCACAACCUCCUGCGUGCACUCCCCACCUCGCGAAAAAGGGAUUGGACGUCUUGCCUUCCGCAGGUGGUGUUCUGCUAUAACACCACGCCACAUCAAUCCACGGGUGAGUCACCAUAUUUCCUUCUGUUGGGACAGGACCCCCGAUUACCUGUUGAUUUCUUGUUGGGCAGGGUUCACGAGCCGGCGUCUGGUACAGUGUCGGACUGGAUCCUGGAACACCGAACGAGACUUCGCCUUGCUUUUGAAGGGGCCCAAGAACGCCUUGCCACUGCUGCUGCUCGGCGCCAAGAACAUCACAACCGUCGGGUGAAGAUCGCACCGCUACAGGAGGGUCAGCUGGUCUACGUCCGUGACCAUGGGAUUCGGGGCCGCCAAAAGAUCCAAGACCUGUGGAAGUCGGAGAUCCAUCAGGUGUUGAAGGUUCCGAAGCCAGGGGGUGUGGUCUAUACCAUCGCACCAGUGGAGGCCCUAGAGAGAGUAAAGCACGCCCACCGCACUAUGCUAAAGCCGCGUCUGGGUACGGAGGCUCAAGAUCAGUCUCCCACUCCUGCCGCUGAAAGAAGUGUGGUUCCCCAGGAGGAGGAUCUGCUGGACGAUGAGCUCUGGGUCCUGAUGCCUGAUGCUUCAACUGCCCUGCAUCAACCGGUACCAGCCUGUUCUGCUGACCCUGCUCGGCUCCCGUCGUCACAGUCCUUUGCUGCGGUGUCAUCUAUCCCUUCAGGCCAACAGCUUUCGACCCGAAAUCUUCCGGAAGAAGCACUACCAGCAGCCCCGGGAUUGAAUACAAGUCCCCCAAGAGGGUCGGCAUUAACUGUUCCUUCGUUGUCACCUGACCAGCCCGGCACCAGUGAGGUGGAGGUUGUCUUCGCCUCUAAGCCAGUUGCGUGGAAUUUAUAUCACACUGUGGACUAA